GAUACUAAACACUCCAAGAUUUUAAUUUGAGACCGCUAGACAUGACGCGCCUGGGCUGAAAUAUUUCUCGCCGGAGAUGGCCCGAGCUUAUCCUACAUACACGCCUUCGGCUAUUAAUAUCCACAUAUCUCAUCGAUUCAACUUCUCUCACCAAUAUUAUUCUAUCUGACAUCAUUAUUCACCCUGCCCUGUAAUGAACUCAGAGGAAGUUACAAGGAUUUUCCAAGCGGUCAAGCCGCAUUGUAUUGCCUUGUCACAAUCAGUCUUCCCUCUGACACAGCCGAUAAGUAACUCAGAAAUAGAACCCGCCGUAUCGCCCCUCCAGUUAUCCCGAGACUUGGUAAGCUUACUUGAUGCCUUCCAAAAGGCCGUUGAGGGUAGCGGCUCCUCUCCGGAAUCUCCCAUGAGGCUAACCACCCAGCUAGGCGAUUACAUAUUUGUCCCCAUCGCCCACUUGUUAAGCACCGAGUUGACCCAACUCGAUGAUCUCCUGACAUCCUACGUCCUACAACUCCUCACCUUGUUGAUUCGCCACUGUUGGGGGGCCACAGACUCGGGAAUUCUCGUACCUUUAGCAAGACAAUUGUUCCCGUUGAUCGUGAUCUUGACCGGCGGACCUCCGCCAGCCCCCGGUGCCAGCUCCAAGGAGGACGACGCCAUCCAGACCAAGCUAAUCCGCGAUGAAAAAAGCGGAGAGCUCAAAGCCUCCGGAGUAGCGUGUUUGAGCGAACUAUUCACUGCCCUUAACAGCCCCUCCGGCACCACGUUCCUAAACCAUGAGGAUUCCUCCCAGCCGCUACUACCCGUUGUUGGUCAUGCCGCCACAGUCCUUUUGACCAUAAUGGCUACCUCAACGCAUACUUCCCAGUUGGAAUUGAUGCUAAAUUCCACAGCCUGUUUGCGUCUCUUGUACUUCCUGGUAAUAGCCACCGGGGAAAACAGAAGGGGCGGCGACAUGCUCUCGCUCGUGUUGCCAAAAACCGUCUCUGUAAUAGCCAGGUUGAUCACCACCAGUUCGAUCAAAUUGCACUACACGGCAGUGGAGAAGCUAUUGGGUUUGUUGAAAGACUUGCUCGCGUUGGUGUUUGAUGAUGCCGUGUUUGAACGUCAAGCCGGUCCCAAACGCUUGGCUAGCUUGGACGAGUUGAGAGAUACGCAGGAUGUUUCCGUUAUCGCUUUAUCGCUUGACGAAACCACAGAGACCUCCAAGCCUUUUACAACCCCCAGGGACGAGAUGUGGUUGAAGGGAAACUCGGAUCGGAUUCACAAAGUGUUGGCCACCGUGUUCAGACACUACCAGAAGUUGUUCAAUGAACAGGAAGUACAUAUGCUCCAAAGUAGCGCCAAGUUCACAGUCAUUUCCAAGGCAUUGACGAGCCUCGUGGAGUCCAUCUUCCAAAACAACUUCAGCUCGUUGAAUGCCUGUAUCGGCGAAUCUAUUGACAUGUGGGUCUAUCUCCGCUUGGCAACACAUGAACUUGGACCGUCAGACUUUCUCCCUUCCAGCUUUAUCCAAUCCAGUGGUAAGACGACCCAGACCCGUGACAUCAUGUACACUAGAUUAACCAACUUCUGGGUCCCUCAACUUUCAGUCCAGAUCUUUCACUCCAACAGUGAUAAUUCGAGAGAAGUGAACGCCAUGGACGUGAUUGCCUUUUAUUUGAAGUCGUUACAGGGCCUUAUUUUUGCUGGAGCAGAUAGAGACGAUAUCCGAUACCAGGCAAGGCGGUUUAGCCUGGCUUUGGAAAAUAUCAGGUCGGUUGUGUUUGAAGAGUUAAGUAAUCUGGUUCAGCAGUCUAACAGAUCCUCAAAGAAGGCCGAUACGCAAAUAGUGACGACGGUCAAAGAUUACUACCGGACGAACGAAUUACUUGCGCUGCACCAAGAAACGGUCCUGACGGAGAUGGAGGGUUCUACGACCCUUCCGAUUUUCAAUGCCAUAGCGAUGACUGAAAACAAGGAAGCGUCAAUCAGACGACUACUAAAUGUCAUUGGUGGCUUAAUUAAGAAAGCCACCAUUGACAAUGUAGAUGGGGAGUGUGCCGAAGAGAUCAUGGGCUCGGUUAUUGAAUCCCUCGUGGUUGAUGACAACGACCGAGGCCAUACCAAGCAGAGCUUAGGGUUGUGGAUGUUGAAUCACCUAAUGGAUGGGAUGGCUGAGCCAAGCAAUGCCGAGCUUCAAUUACAGCCCUUUGUGGACGAUUUUCUUUGCUUUGACGAGGUGGAUGAGCUGAGUAGUUAUCUGGACUCCUCUCUUCUGCGAGCCUUGGACGACGCAUUAUACACAAUCCUUGAAGUAUCCAUCUCUACUCUCGAAGAUCUAUCAUUGCUGCAAAACACCAGUAUGCCGAUAGCAGGCUCAUCCCUUGAGUCGCUGCUUUCCCAGUGCAUAGCGCUUGAAGCCAUUGCCAACGUGUGUCGCCAUCUGGCUGUAGAGGAAUUCAAACCUCACUUGAUGAGCCUUUUAUUCCCCGUCAUCGAUUGCUUGUCCCACUCGGACUCCUCCGUUCAGCGGCACGCUAUGCAUACAUUACAGCGGAUCGCUGCAAAAUGCUACCCAGAUGGCACUGUGGUGGAUUUGAUCGAAGACAAUGCCGACUAUUUGACGGAUGCUAUCAGUCUCAAAUUAUCGCUGACCGCGAUCACCCCUUCCUUGUCGAAAAUCCUCCUAGUUUUGAUCAAGAUUGGGAAGAUGGACUUGAUCAGCCAUCUCAACGAUUUGAUUAACUCAAUGUUUCUCUUGUUGGAUAUGUACCAUGGCUAUGCAUUGCUCAGCGAGGGAUUCUUCAUGGUGUUCCAGGAGAUUAUUGACCAAGUCCAUGAGAAAUACCCCCUGGAAGCUGAAGGUGCAAGGGACGGUAGAGAGGAGCUGGAGCUGAAGCUGAAGCUUCAUCGGCCUUGGGGUAUCAAGAAUAUUGACGGGUUGAUUGGUAUGUUGGAGUACAAAGACCAGCAACUAGAUGAGAUUUUGAACCCUGAUCAAGAGGAGUCUGGAAAGAAGUUUGCAAACCACCCAGGGAAGCCGUUCAAGGAGGCUUCGUCCCUUUCCGACGAUAAGUUGCGCGAAGUAGAUAGUGACGAUGAGGAAGAUGGCCUCGAAUCCAUGUGGAACCGAGAGGAAGCUGACGACACCGCGGGGGGUGGUUCUAACGAGGAUGAAGAGUGGGACUCUCCCCUUCCCGAAAAGAUCUACUACAUGGUGCAACGUGUGUUUAACUACGGUAUCCGUCUCCUUAACCACCCCUCGGUUAAUUUGCAAAACCAAAUCUUGACGAUCUACAAAUCGCUUAUUCCUGUCCUUGCGACUUCCCCCCGGCGUUUAUUACCAGUUCUUGCUGAUUCGUGGCCCGUAUUGUAUGCCUCGUUCCAAGCAACUGAUGACCUUCGCUUGAUUGUGCCAUUGUGCAAUGCGUUUGAGCAAGUAUUUCAACACGGUGGGUCCUUCAUGGCCUCGAGGUUUGUUGCCUUGUGGCCCUUGAUCAAACAGAAAUCGGUCAUCCAGCAGGUGUAUUCUCGGAUUAGUCUGAUGCCGCUCCAACGUGAAACGGUACUGGGAACACCACACCAACUUGUGUUAAAUAUUCCAAACUACAACUUGAGAACAUACGAGUGUAUGGUAAAAGUCUUGGUGACGGGCUUACGAGAAUGCGGACAGCAAGUUCCUGAUCCUGUGGUGAACGAAAUCAUCCACUUGUGUAUCCCGUGUAUGGAUAACAGCAAUGGCACCAAUCUUUCGGAUGCGUCAUUCGGGGAACUGUUUACCGAAACCGCUUGGUUUAUCAGAACUAAAAUAUACGGUAUGAACAAUGCGGACCUAUCGGUGAAUGUUCCGCCGGAUUUUGUCGGUGGCGGUUCUGGGAAGGUGUACCAUUUCCAAGUACCUCUGUUUUAGACCAUUGAAGAUUUAAUCGCAUAAAUAAUGGUAAGAUUGGUGUAGAAUAACACUUUUACUGUGUUUAGCACAUGCUGGAGCUCUGACGAAAUGCUGCGGAAUUUAGUUUACGCAAA